AUGUGCGAUCUCACGCAGGGGAAAAACCGUUCACUGCCUUAUAUUUUAAAUUUAUCACAAUUAAAUUUAGGUUUAGCCAUUGAUUGUUUUAAAUGCAUGUCUAUAAACAACAAUUACAAGCCGUGUGAAGAUCCAUUUCACAAUAAUUACACUUUAGAUAUAUAUGAGUCCCCUUGUCUAGGAGGAAAGAAAGGCAGGGAUGGUCUAUUUCCUGCCACUUCUUGUAUUAAAAUUGCUGGCAAGUUUGACGACAACGGUGAUACUAUCGUGUUACGGGGUUGCGCCCUUGAUAGCGGCACCCUUACAACUGACACAGAAAUUGUAAGAAUGUCGCACUGUGGUGGUUUUUUUUACGACGAUAGGUGAGUAUUAAGCAAACUGAUAUUUAAAACAACUUUAACUACAGUUUAUUGAAUGUACUAUAUAGUAAAAGAGUAUAUUAUUUUAGAUAUGUCCGGGGAUGUGUACAAAG